UGUUAUUGUUGCAAGUUCAGAGCUAAAAAUAUUGCAAAAUAUUGAUGAAUAACCGGAAAAAGUGUUGAAAAAAAACUUCAAUUGUUAAAAAAAACAUGGAAAACGAAUCAAAAAGUGAAAAUACCUUGGAAAUAUCGGAUUUACCGCCGGAAAUCUUGGAAAAAAUAUUACUUUAUCUACCGAACAAUGAUAAACUAGUUGCGCGCUUAGUCAGCAAAUACUGGAUGUCAAUCGUCGUAUCAAGUCCUCGUCUUAAUUUGACCUUGUACUUGGUUAAUUGUCGAUUAGAGAAGGAACUUAUCUCGUUAUUGCUGCAAACGGAACUGACUUUUGCUCGAAUUGUCUUCGAAGAAUGUGAAAUUGCCGAAGUUGCCGAUGAUCAAACAGAAUUUUGGUCUAAAAUUGGAAAAAAUGUCAAGGAAAUUUACAUCAAAAGUCGUCAUACGAGACUUGACUUAGCCAUCGACAAGGGAUUGAAAGCCGCUCACUUCCCCAAAUUAAAAAGUUUGAAACUUGAUAUGUUGCCUUUGUUUUAUGAGUUAUCUUCAAGAGGUCAGCACGAAUGGAUAAAGCUGCUUCUUCAGAUAGAAAAUUUUACGGUUCAUUACUUACAAAAUCGAGAAGUCACGAAAGAUGUGAGCAUUUUGAUGCCAAAAGUGAAAAAUUUAAGAAUUGAUGGAUGCAAAAACAAGACAAUUCAAGUGCUUUUCAAUCGAGUCAUUUUUUCAGAAGUUCAAAAUUUGACAAUAAUUUUCGUUUCGUACCAAAACUUAAAUCUGCAGAAAAUUUUUCGAACAAAUUUCGAUGGAACGCUCCUUCGAACAUUAUUUCUCAGUCAAUUUUACUCAUGGAUCGAUAUAAAUUUCAACUUAAUUUCCGAAUUUUUUCCAAAUUUGGAAGUUUUGGGCAUCGGAAUCAUAACCAAAUAUCAAGAACACGGCUCAGAACUCAAACACAAGGAAAUCGCUGAAAAACUUUUCAAAAAGCCACCUUUGAAGGAACUGCACUUUGUGACUUUCCGGCAAACGGACGACAAGAAAUUCAAGUCGUUCGUUCGAACGGACAAAGGAAUCGAAGAAACGAAUAAAAAAUUUCGUGCCUUCGAUGAAAUUCAGUCAUUAUUGCAGAAUUAAAGUAUUUUUUGUGGAAUUAAAUAAUUGUUUCGUCGCUGAAUAGACAAAAAAUAAGGAGGAAAUUGCACCACAUUCGGAGGCAAGCAGCGCUAACAACACCUAAAUUUAAUUAGAACAAAACAAAAAGGAAAAUAAUAAGCAAAUAAACCACAAUAAUACUCUUUUUCCUUUACCACAAAGCUGUUUUGUAUGCAUAAUGUGCUUUUUUCGGCGUCGUAGUUGCUGCUCUGCUUCUUUUUAUAUCAUUAUUAUUAGACGAUUUCGUAGUGUGGUUGUUUUAGUUAAGACAAAGUUAUCAUUUUUCGUAUAUAUUUAAAGGAAAAAUAGCAGCAACAACAACCAGUAGAGCGGCAUGCCAUACCACAAAAAAAAACAUGAAAACGAGAAAAAGUUUGCUUUAAUUUACACCAGCGAGGAUUUAAAAUAAUAAUAAAUAAAACAAUAAAAUUUCCACGAAAAAUGAUGAAAACAGAAUUUUAUCGAAUCAAGUGGCGUGUUUUGUUUGAAUAAUGGUCGGACGAUGGGGAGAUGAAAAAUUUUGUGAAAUAAUUUGUGGAAAAAAAAUUAAAUUUUAGCGUAUUUUCAAUUAAUUUGAAGGAUUUUAUUGUUUUCUGAUUUCUUUUGAAAAAAAAAAGAAAAAAAAUAUAAAAAAAAAUCUUGAG